AUGUAUCCCGACGACGUCGAGAGGAAAAAUCGUGGGUUCCUGGGCUUCGACAGUUCUGCUCUGCCUGUUGGCGACCGCCAAGACCGCCGCCAGUUAAGAUAUGAGCUUGACCUGAACUCCUGGAAUUUUAGGAUCUGGGGCGUUGCAGCCUCGGGUUUUCUCACCGACUCAUACAAUCUAUUCGCGAGCAAUGUCAUAAACACAUCUGUGACCUACGUUUACUUUCCAGAGCAGCGCUGGCCUAGCCUCGUCAUCAACCUGUUCACCCUCGGCGGCUCUGCGUGUGGCCAGCUACUCUUUGGAUACCUAGCUGACCGCUUCGGACGAACUCGGCUCUAUGGUAUCGAGCUCCUCCUCGUCAUCGUUUCCACCAUCGGCGUGGCCACCAGCAGCUAUGGUUACAAUGACAUGUCCUUCCUUGCCCUGUUCUGUUUUUGGCGAUUUGUCAUGGGCAUUGGAAUAGGAGCCGAGUAUCCUCUUAGUGCUGUUAUCACAUCAGAAUGGUCCAGCACCACCUCCCGCGCCACCAUGCUCUCCUCCGUCUUCCUGAUGCAGCCCGUCGGACAAGCACUCGCCCAGCUCGUCGGCGUCUGGGUCGUGCUAGGGAGGAACGCCCAGUACAAUCUGCAGGCCCUGCAGUGCGGCAUCGACACCAAGUACGAGAAAGAAUGCAAGAGCCUCGUCGACGGCAUCUGGAGGAUCGUCAUCGGGUCUGGUUGUGUGCCUGCCGUGUUGGCCAUCAUCUUCCGUUUCUUUCUCUAUGACUGCGGCCUGUACAGCCUAGAGGUCAAGGGCAAACCUGGCACGGCAUUUCGCGAUACCCAGAGGGUGUACGGUGCGCCCCCUCCCGGGGCGAACAGCGAGAGCCCAUCUUUGCCUCCCCUGCCGCGAGAGCCCUUCCAGUUCAUGCCCGUACAAUUUUCUAGAGAGGAUCUGUACAAAUACUUCAUCAAGGACGGGAAUUGGUAUUAUCUGUUAGGUACUGCCGCAACCUGGUUCUUCCUGGAUGUCUCCUUCUAUGGCUUCUCGCUCGACAAAGGCGCGACCCUCGCCGAUCUCUGGGCCAGAAAUCCCGCGCCCACCCUGGGCGCCAAUCUGCCCUGCUGGAACUCCACGCUUGAGGGGGGCACCUCGGCACUCCCCUCCUGGACCCAGACGGGCUUCCCGGCCUGGCAGACCGACAAGUCGCGGCCCUGUGCCACCGUCUACGACACUCUGCUGGAGCAGGGCAAGCAGUACCUCAUCACCGUCUCCAUCGCUUCCAUCCUCGGCAGCAUCUGCUGCACCAUCUUCAUCAACAGGUUCCACCGGCGGCACUUCCUCACCGCCUCCUUCCUGCUACUCACCGUGCUCUUCAUCAUCACGGGUGGCGUCUACUACGGCGUUGCGCACACAAACGCCGCACCCGUCACUGUCGUUUGCGUGGCCAUUUGCCACUUCUUUUUCAACUUUGGCGCAAACAGCCUCACCUUCAUCAUUCCCGCCGAGAUCUUUCCUAGCUGCUACCGCUGCACCUGCCACGGCAUCUCUGCCGCCGCCGGCAAGAUAGGUAGCAUGGUCGCCGUCGCCGUUGUCUACGGCAUUGAUACAGGCUACCGCUCCCCAACCCGCCAAGGCCUCGAGUUCCUCCUCUUCUCCCUGUUCAUGGCCCUCGGUGCCGUCUACUCAUGGGCCUACCUCCCGAACCUGCAGCGGCGGCGUGUGGCCGCUGAGGAUCCGGAUGAUCAUCCCGGCGGCAGCGGCAAAGGGACUCUGGAAACCAAGAACUUGGAGGACCUAGGCGAGGGUCGCGAGAGGGCAAGGCAGGACGGGGAGAUCAUUACGGUCAAGGAGAAGGUGGACCAGCUCAAACGGCGGCGGAGGGAGAUUAUUCAUUCUGCGAGAGCGGGUGGUAGGGGUCAGGAUAUUGGACUUAGAUGA